AUGGCGAGACACUUGCUUUACGCUGCCUCUGCGGCAGCCUUUGUUGCCUCUGCGCAUGCUGCGACUGUCACCUACGACAUGAAAGUCGAGUGGGUGACAGCCAACCCAGAUGGCAUGCAAGAACGGCCAGUGAUCGGUGUCAACGGACAGUGGCCGCCGCCGAUUAUCAGGGCUGAUGUAGGCGACAACAUUGUCGUCAACCUUGACAACCAACUGGGAAACCAGUCGACUUCUGCGCAUUUCCACGGUCUCUACCAAGUCGGCACUCCGCAGAUGGACGGGCCCGUUCAGGUCACCCAGUGCGACGUGCCUCCCGGCUCCACGAUCAAGUACAACUUCACAGUCAACCAGCCAGGCACGUAUUGGUACCACUCUCAUUCUCGAGGCCAAUAUCCGGAUGGUCUGAGGGCGCCCCUUGUCAUCAACGACCCGAAGACCCCCUUCAAGGGCAAGUAUGAUGAGGAGAUCGUACUUUCCGUCUCCGACUGGUAUCACGACCAGAUGCCGGACCUCCUGAAAACAUUCAUAUCCAAGGGUAACCCCACCGGCGCUGAGCCCGUUCCCAAUUCGGCGCUGUGGAACGACACUCAGAACCUCACCGUGCCCGUCCAGCCGGGAAAGACCUACUUUGUUCGUCUGGUCAACGUCGCGGCCUUCGCGGCCAUGUACAUCUGGUUCGAGGGCCACAACAUGACCAUCAUCGAGGUCGACGGUGUCUACCACAACCCUGCCGAAACCGAUAUGAUCUACGUCACACCAGCGCAGCGAGUCGGCUUCUUGCUGACUACGAAGAAUGACACAUCGGCGAACUUCCCGUUCGUUGCGAGCAUGGACACGGGUUUGUUCGACUCGAUGCCUGCUGGUCUUAACUGGAACGUGACCGGCUGGCUGGUGUAUGACCAGAAGAAAGAGCUGCCGGACUACACGCCUCUGGAUGAUCUCGAUGCCUUCGACGAUGCAACUCUGACCCCUUAUGAUAACAUGACCAUUCUGCCGACACCGGCUCAGACCAUCAAGCUCGAUGUCAUCAUGGCGAAUCUCGGAGAUGGUGCCAACUAUGCCUUCUUCAACAACAUUACCUACAAGUCACCCAAAGUCCCUACUCUUUACACGGCGCGUUCGGCAGGGCAGCUUGCAACGAACCCCGAGGUAUAUGGAACCUACACUCAUUCCUUCGUCCUGGAGAAGGACGAGAUUGUGGAUGUCGUGAUCAACAACCUCGACAAGGGCAGACACCCUUUCCACCUUCACGGCCACGCCUUCCAGCUCAUCUACCGCUCGGAUGAAGCCGGCGUCUACUACGAGGACUCGAAUUUCACUGCCGCUGAUUUCUAUCCCACUCCGAUGCGUCGCGACACCGUCCUCGUCGAAGCCAACGCCUUCCUCAUCUUCCGGUUCAAGGCAGACCACGCCGGCGUGUGGAUCAUGCAUUGCCACAUCGAAUUCCACAUGACCAGUGGCCUCAUGAUGACCUUUAUCACGGAUCCCCUCUCGCUCCAGAACAUCACCAUCCCCGACGACCAUUUGGAUGCCUGCAAGAAGGCUGGCGUUUCCACUACGGGUAAUGCUGCUGCCAAUCAGCUUGACUAUCUCAAUCUCGAUGGGCAGCCUGAGCCUCCUCAACCCCUUCCAGCAGGGUUUACUGCCCGCGGCAUUGUUGCUCUGGUAUUCAGCUGCAUCAGCGGUAUCUUGGGAGUCGCCGUCGUCGCCUGGUACGGCCUUGCUGAGGUUCCCAAGGAUUCAGCCUUCCGUGGCUUCGGUGGAGUGACCGAGACUGACUCGGCCCCUGCGGAGGAGUACCGAGACAGCCCGGUGGAGAACCAAGAGGUGCCUGCUACUACAGGAGGUAAUUCGGGGAGCGCUCGUGCUUAA